GCACUUCGUCAAAUCAGAGCAAGAAACCAAACCCUAGACUCUAGAGAGAGAGAGAGAGAGAGAAGCCAUGGAAGAGGAAAUCAAGUCAGAAUUCAGAAAAGCCGGGUUCAACCUUGAGGAAGAAGAAGAAAUACUGAACAAGUGUAUGACUUUCUGCAUCAACUACAGCCUCAGCCCUGCAGAUCUCGUCUCAAACUGGGAGGUUUAUUACCUCAACAGACAACUGAAUGAGCCAACAGUGCAAAAUGCUGAAAUGGAUGGCUUUUUGAUGCACCUGCAGACUAACAAGAAAGAAGAAGUUAUAAAGGAGGAAUCUAAUUUGCAUAGUUACUCUAUCAGAGAUGUAGAAAUGGUCUUAAAUAAUGAUGAUGAUGCUAAGUUUAGUACUCCUGGGACUCCAACAAAUAAUGAUGAACAUCUUCGUUCACCUGCACACGAAGCAAUGUCUCUAGCAAAUGGGAAUAUUUUAUCUUCUGGAAAACCAACUGAGCUGGUGACACCCUUUUCAAAGCGAACUGAUAGGUUUGCUGUGAAAUUUAGCAUCAACACAGUGCCUGAUAUAGAGAAUGAAAUACAAGUGCCGAAUCAUGAGAUCGAUGAGGACGAUGUUAUUAGGAAAGUUAUGCCUUGUAAAAGGUGUUCAUUGGUGGUUCAUAGCUCAGGGCCUAAACCUGGUUGCAGAUUCAUGCAUGAUAGGACAGAGGAUAGGAUGAAUGUAAUAGAAAAUCGAAUUCGCAAACAUACAAGGGCCCUUGUUGCUUCUGGGCUUUAUGGAGAACCAACAGACCCUACAAUUGCUUCACAGAGAAGCAUUUUUGCUGUUGGUAUGGUUUGCUGUGAUGCAGAAGGCCGUCUAAAUGACAAGUCUGUCAUGCUGCAGGGCAGUGUUGAGCAUUCUGGAGGAGAAUGUGUUCGUCUGGACUUGCAACGCUUAAGCCAUUUUUCAAUUUUCCCUGGUCAGGUUGUUGGUAUUGAAGGGCAUAAUCCUAGUGGGCAUUGCUUAGUUGCAUCUAAAUUGGUAGAUUCUAUACCACCUACCUCUGGUGCUGAUGAUAAGGAUUUGAAUCCAGCAAAGAAGCUAGCUAUUGAUAGAAGUCAACCAAUUGAUAUUACUUCUAAAAAGACAGAGUUGUCCAUGAUUAUUGCAGCAGGCCCUUUUACGACAACAGACAAUUUAUUUUUUGAGCCCCUUGUAGAAUUGUUAGCAUAUGCAAAGCGAAGACAGCCACAGUUACUUAUAUUGUUGGGACCAUUUGUUGAUUCUGAACACUCCAACAUUAAGAAAGGAACUGUUGACAGAACCUUUGAUGAAAUAUUUCAUAACGACAUCCUGAGCAAGUUACAAGAUUAUGUAGAAUGUAUGGGUUCUGCUGCGCGUGUUCUUCUUGUACCAUCUAUACGAGAUGCGAACCAUGAUUUUGUUUUCCCUCAGCCUGAACUGGAUAUCAAUCUUCCUGAUCUCAAAUCUCAGAUAAUCAGUCUCACUAAUCCUGGAAUUUUUGAGGCAAACGAGGUCAAAGUUGGUUGCUGCAGUGUAGAUAUUCUCAAGCAGAUCAGUGGGGAAGAGAUAUCACGAACUGCGCCAGAUGGACAACCUACUGAUCGCUUGAGUAGGCUUGCAAACCAUAUUCUUAGCCAGCAAAGCUUUUAUCCACUUUAUCCGCCGGCAGAAGGUGUUCCUUUGGAUUUUUCUCUUGCACCAGAAGCCCUUCACCUCCCGUUGGUUCCAGAUCUUCUUAUCUUACCUUCGGAUAUCAAGUACUUUGUCAAGGUGCUUAAUGUGGGAAGUGAAGAGACAAACUGCAAGAAAUGCAUUGCUGUGAAUCCAGGAAGACUAGCAAAGGGAGAAGGAGGGGGUACUUUUGUAGAGCUUGAUUAUCGUGGUGGUUCCGACAAAAUUAAUGCAUCAGUUAUUGGCAUAUGAAUAGUUUCGGAGCAUCUGUAGUCAGGAGGUGCGCAUUCGUAACAGCCCUUGAACUGUCGUUCAUGCUCUGGAAAAUUGCUUUCAGUGAUGCAUCUUAGCCUGUGUUUUGGAGUAACAUGUGAAAUUUAUAGAUAUUGUUUUUAUUUUUUGGCUAGGACUUAAAUAUUUAGAAAAAGUUAGAAUGCAGAAUAUG